CUUGGGCGCUCUGCAUCACUGGUCCAGCGUAAGUGCUAAAAUUCACUGAAAUAAGCUCUCUAUUUUUACGGUAAGUCGACCUGGUUAUUCUUGAGGGUUCUGUGAUAUGAUCAGAGAUACGAUAAAUCCCUGGGGAGGGCAUUUCUAGCGCUGCAGCAACCUUCUGUAACUUCAGCCCUGCUGUUUCAGAGGGCCUUUGCCUGCACACCAUCUCUCUAAGAAUGUCAACACCGAAGCCAUUCACAUUAGCAGCCCGCCUGUGAAUUUUAAUUAAACAGGAAAUGCCUCCCUUGUGCAUUGAAAUUCAACAUCCAGAAUAGCUCCGCUUCGCUCCUUUGAUGUUCCCCAUCCGAUCCGAGAUGAACAUCCACAUGUUCUCCUGAGACACUCGGAGGAAACUCGCUCUGGUUUAUUUACAGUAGGGAAGUGUUAUGUGGUGUCUUUUAUCCCAGAAGCAUUCGAGUCGCUUUGUGAGCUGUUCACACAGAAAUCCUCCUUGUGGUCCCGCAGCGGUGAUGGGGCCGUGCAGAGCCAGCUGCCAUCAUAGAACUGCUGCAACAGUAAGGCUGGAAAACACCUCUAAGCUCAUUUAUAGCCCAGCCACCCACCUACCACAGACAGUGCCCACUGACUGCGUCCCUCAGCGCUUACCUCCCCUUUCCUUAACACCCCCAGGGAUGGUGACUCCCCCACUCCCUGCCCAGCCUGUGCCAAUGCAUCAUCGCUCUUUCAGAGAAGAAAUUCCAACGUGAUGCACGAAUUUCAGGACUGAAAACAUCCCGUUUCUCCCCCACUUCCUCUAUUUUCACCCAUCCGCCGACAUUCAACGUUUAUGAGCCCAGAUGCACGCAGACAGAAGCACCGGAGCAGUCUGACCGCCAGAUGUCACAGUUGCUUCGCAGUGAUGCUGGAUCCUGCCUUGUUCUGCACCCAGCCUGUGGGUAAAACGCACAUCCUCCCUCACUUGCAUACAUCUUUAUGUUAUUUGUUUGUUCGGUUGGUUUUGUUUUGUGUUUAUACAAAACAAACCUGUUCACCGUGUCCUGGGAAAUAUCAGGCAGAGAAAAUGGCUCACUCACAAACUAUGAGCACAGGGUUUGUAUCCUUUUAACUCCCACCCAUAUAGUCCAGCAUAUAAGGAAUGCUGAGGAGCCUUGGGAAGCUUCCCAGCCAGGUUUGGCCAUACUUUACAACCACUCGGUGCUGCCCAGAACCAUCGCUCAAAUGCAGCAUCCCCACAGACUUCAGCUCCCCUCUGCAUCAGACUCAGAGAACUCAUUGCUCUGCUCCUCCUGCCCCAGAAAGCUGCCUGCUCGCCAUGGAAGGAGUCCCAAGUGCUAUAAUCAGCUCACUCUGGAUUACAGUGAGAAAGAUGAGUCUUGGGGCAGCCACUUCAUAUGAAUAUGAUGAGUUUUGCCUUUUGGCACACCCUUUUAUAAACUGCAAAGUGAGAUCAACACCUAAGUCACAGCCAGUGCAAGUAAUUGCUGUUGGUGCUCCAAACUAAAGCACUUUUCCUGGUGCCUGCCUCUUGACAGGACAAGAGAAGAUGGUUUCAGACCACAAGAGGUGAGAUUUAGAUUGGAUAUAAGAAAAAGUUCUUCACAAUAAGAGCACUGAGGCACUGGUGCAGCAUAUCCAGAGAGGUGAGGGAUGCCAUGGAGACAUCCAAGGUCAGGCUGGAUAAGGCUCUGAGCUCCUGAUGGAGCUGUGGGUGUCCCUGUGCAUUGCAGGGGGGUUUGACCAGAUGGCCUUUGAGGGUCCCUUCUAGCUCAAACCAUUCUAUGCUUCUCUUGAAGGCUGAACCACUCUGAGUACCUCACUCAGCUCUCUGCACAGAUCCCUGGGCACUGUGAACACCUUGGCUGUGCCAUGCAGGAAGGGAUGAGGGAGCAGACAGAGACAGGCUCCCGCUCAGCAUUGCUCAUCCUUCAAUGGCUGCACCACUGUGAGGACCGGCUGCAUCCCUGGGGAAGGAGUUGAGUCCCAGCUGAGCCCCAGCCCUUCGCCCUCUCUUGCUGUAGGGAGCAUGGGAACUGGCUGGGAGCCCCAUGUUCCCACCGGCAGGAGGGCUGGAGGCAGCAGCAUUACUUGGGGAGGCCCCAGCACAGGUUUGAUGGAGCCAGGGAAGGCUACGUGUCCUUCACUGUGCUCUGUGAGUGGAGGAAGGCAGGAUUUGUGUACAGUUCUUCUAUAUGGUAUCUUGGUUUUUCUGACUGGAGGAGGGAGACACAUCUUCCCCCCUCUUAUCUGGAAACAUGUCUUGGAGCAGCCAUCAUAGCUGGUCCUGAGUUUGGGGGCUGGAGCUUUGGGAAUCUCACCCUGCUGCAGGAUUCUUUACAGUGGAUUUGUUGGCCUUGGGAAUUGGGAAAGGUGCAGGUCUGCCUUUGCUAGAACAAGAUGCCCAAAUCCAGCUGUGCAUGGCCGUGGCCCCAGAGAAUGCUCAACUACAGCUCCUACAUGAGGCUGCUGGUCCCAGUAAAAGCCUCGAGUCAGGUUUUCUAACUGCAAACCUUUCUGAGUUAGGUAGGAUGAAGCUGCCAGAUGCCACCGGGGUACAGAAAUGAGAGUUGUUAGGCAGUCACCCUUUAAGCACUGUGAGCCCAGCAUGAGUUCACAGUUUCAACAGGGAGAUGCAGCCUGCAAGAACUGACCAACACUGACCAGAACAUUCAUUGGAGCCUUCCAGGCCCAGCAGUGCCUUUGGGCCAUGACUGAUGCCUGCCAGAGCAAAGCCCCCUUCUCUUUAAGUGUUUUCCCUGCUGCUGGGAUGACACAGCUGAUUUCCCAAUUCAGGACAGUGACACCCCAUCUCCCAUGUGAUCCUUGUUCCCCCCAGUGUUUCCAUAUAGUACUGACUCAUUCCAUAUGGUACUGACUCAUUUCUCUCAGCAGCGUUUCAUCGCACCAAGCCUCUGUACCUUCAGCAAGACUCAAGAGACAGCGGGGUUGCUUCUGGGCUCCACAUACCAGGUUUAUCCACUUAAAACAGGAAUCUACAGCAUCUGUUGAGCCAAAUUGCCUUAUGAAGCCCAUUUUUUGAGCCUUGGCUGCCUGGUGGAUGUCCCAGCACCUGGCUGCAGCAUCCUCAAUGGGAGUAGCAGGGCACUGGAACAUGGGGAACCUACAGACAGGACUGAGACACAUCUCAUCAUCCAGAGUGGGUGACAAGCCCUGUUGUGAAGACUGCCUCUUCUCAAAAGUGCACAGGAUCAUGGCAGAGCAAUGGUCCAUAUACUCCAAACCAGUCCCAGCAGACAGCAGGGAGCUGUGGGUCCUAUUACUGCAGUGUUCCUGCAUCACCGUGCUGCUCGGAGGCCUCUUCUACAACUGGCUCCUUGCAUCCCUGGAGUACCCCCAGCACAUCUCCAUUGCAAUGGCUGUUACCUUCAGCCUGCUCCUCCUCCUCUCCCUGUUCUUGGUGCAUCCUGUGCGCUGUGCCUUCAGCAUCGCCAUGCCAACACUGGGCACCAAGCAGGGCCGCAAGCUCCUCUUGUCAGCCUGCAUCAUGAUAGUGGUGGUUAACAUCACCCCCAACAUCAUCAGCAACAUCAAGACCUUACUGCAGGUCAUCCUGUGCAUCUCCAAGAAUUCCUCUGAGAGCAUUUUGAAUUCCACUGAUCUGCUGGAGAACGCUUCCUGGAGGCUGGGGGAUGAAAUCCAAAAUUACGCUAUUUUGAGGCCCAUGGAUGGACACGUUCAGUUUUCACUGGUGAAGAACAACUCCUUGAUUAACCAGGUGCACCUCGCUGGUGAGAAAGCCAGGAAGGAUUUUUUAGCUGUUGAGGUGGUGGUCAAAGAUUGUGUGCGAGCAGGCAACAAACUGGUCGCUGCCUUCUCCGUGCUCUACCUCUGCUUUGAGUCUGUCUGGUACUUGAAGAAUUAUCUCACCAACCUCCGCUUCGACAACGUUUACAUCACCAAGAAGCUGCAGCGUUUGGCUGAGGAUGGAGGAGCCUCCCAUUUGCUGGUGGGCUCAUCCCAACACCUCAUCCACCCCACGGGCCUCCGGCUGUCCCGCGAGGAGCUGACACUGAGCCUGGCGCAGGCGCUGCGCCUCUCGGUGGCCCUGCUGCUGGUGCUGGUGGUGGUGGCACUGGAGCACCUUGUCUUUGGCGUAGCAGAUGUGGCAGUGAGGAGGAUGGCUCAGCUCUCUGCAGUGCCCGUCACGCUCAGCAUCAAAUACCAGGCUGGAAUAGACUUCUUGAAAAUCCCAUUUGCUGUGAGUGACGUUAAUAGGAGUUACCACCACUCCCUGAACUUUGGCUCUGCUGGCUGCAGGAUCAGCCCCCCAAUACCUCCCAACCCCUCCGUACUGUUGGUUGUGGGGCUGCUCUUCUGCAUUAUUUAUGCCACCGUGUUCCUGGAAACCUACGCACGCCGCCUGUGCAGGAAAAUUGCUGCUUCCUUCUUUGAGAGCCAGGAGGACGAGCGGGUACAUUACCUCUAUGGCAAGCUGUCCCGGAAGCACAGGGAGACACAAUGUGGCUGAGAAAUGAAGGGAAUUUUGGACAAAGACCUUUGGCAAUAACCGGGUGUGCAAAGAGAUCACAGAAUUCACUCUCCACAGUCAGAGAAGUGGUUGGAAUCUGGGAGCAAUAUAUGCCACAUAAAUAGAGAAAAAGGCCAAAAGUGACAUUUUGCAUUAAUCUACAUUCACUUUCUAGUCUUAAUUCAAUCUAGAACUUAUCCAAGAAUGUUGGAAAAGGAACCCAAGAUAGCUCCUAUGACUGUGAGGGUGCUGGCAGCGUUAUGCAAAGCUAAGUGUGCAUGGGAGGUGGGUGGAGGAAGUGCUCCUUCACCGCCCUCGUCACUGAUGGAGGAAGUGCACCCUUCAUCGAUUCUUAUCAUCAUCAAGAUUGGAAAGAAAAUGAGAUAAUCUCAUCCAACCACUUCCUUUCCCCCUGAAGUGAUCCCUACAGGCAGCAAGCAAUAAACCCCAACAACAUUAGAGUUGAUUGAAAAUCCAUUAUAGAAUCACAGACUGCUCUAGAACAUGUCACUCAGUGCCACAUCCACAUCUACACUUUUCUUGAAGAUCUCCAGGAGUAUUAAUUAAUUUAUUAUUAUUUAGUUAUUGUUGAGAAUAUCUAUUAUUUAUGAUAUAAAGUGUUGUUUUAACCUGCUGAAAUAAAUUCAUGACCUUG